AUUCGAUAACAUAUUUGUAUAAAUAAUAAUCCAACGAUGGAAAUUUUAUUGAUUGUUCCAGAGUCUUUGGUGAUAGUUUAAAAUGUUCAUAGCAAAAGUUGAGGAGGACAUCAAGGAGGAGGAUUGGGAGGACAUCAGGGAGGUGGUUUGGGAGGUGGACAUCAAGCAGGAGGAUUGGGAGGACAUCAGGGAGGUGGUUUGGGAGGUGGACAUCAAGCAGGAGGAUUGGGAGGACAUCAGGGAGGUGGUUUGGGAGGUGGGCAUCAAGGAGGAGGAUUGGGAGGACAUCAGGGAGGUGGUUUGGGAGGUGGGCAUCAAGGAGGAGGAUUGGGAGGACAUCAGGGUGGUGGUUUGGGAGGUGGGCAUCAAGGAGGGGGAUUGGGAGGACAUCAGGGAGGUGGUUUGGGAGGUGGGCAUCAAGGAGGAGGAUUGGGAGGACAUCAGGGAGGUGGUUUGGGUGGUGGGCAUCAAGCAGGAGGAUUGGGAGGACAUCAGGGAGGAGGAUUGGGAGGACAUCAGGGAGGUGGUUUGGGAGGUGGACAUCAAGGAGGAGGGCUGGGAGGACAUCAGGGAGGUGGUUUGGGAGGUGGGCAUCAAGGAGGCGGAUUGGGAGGACAUCAGGGAGGUGGACAUCAAGAAGUGUUAUGCUUGGUGGCAAUGCUGCUCGUCCAAAGCACCUUGGUGUCCUCGUCUAGGGACGCUGGGCCGCAUGGGGCUAACAGAGGAAGCUCUGGGAGCAGAUCGGGAGGCAGCGGGAGUAGAGGUGGCGCCAGCAGUGGGGGACAGAGUGGGGGAGCGACUGGACAUAGCGGGGGGAAUUUUGGAAACGGGAGGUUGGCGUGAUUUUUAG